AUGGAGGAUGGGAGCGAGGUAGACCAACGGCUGACCAAAACGGGAGCCAUCAAGCUGAACAGUCAACGAACCUAUCCAUACGGAUCAAUACAUAAAUCUGAUUCGUUAAAGCGGACAGAAGCUGUAAAGAUUGAUCGGGUACAGGACUCAGUUGCUCGGCUACUCACCAGUUUAAACGCCUCGGUACAGGAGGAAAUUCGCCAUUUUAACGCAGUCUAUAUCGAUCAGCCGUGGUUGCUACGACUGGAUACCCGACCGAAUUGGACGGAUGCUGUAGCAAGUCAUCUGUCCAGUGUAGAACGUGUUCAUCAGGUUCUUCUGGUUUAUGUUCGACAAGCCACAACGGCAAUCAACACACUUCGUGAGCUGAUGAAAGCAAAUCUUCAAUGGCGUAAUUACGACGAAUCGGCCACUCCAGUUAUCUCACCCACGCCACUCUACAAACCAAUAUUAUUGAAAAGUUACAAACAGUUACAAGAAAGUCUCUACACUGCCCAGGCUCUUUUAAACUCUGCCAAUCAAGUGCUUCUCACAAGUCUGAACACACGGUCACAGGAGAUUUUAUCUCAUUUCAACCGAACAGUGCACAAUAAAAUGACAUCAUCGGAUUCAAAUGUCCCACUCUUGCAAACCUCUGUACCACUGGACUGGAUUCGAACGAAACAUUAUGCUGAACUGGCCUAUAUUGACCUAUUGGUCAAUCAUGUAUUGCGUUCGGACAAUUGGAAAAUUUGGUCAGAUUUCGCUAAGGAGAACGAAAGCGCUCCGAACCCUCGGCACGUAUACCGGCUACCUAGGUAUAUCUGUAUGUUUGUGGUUUAUGUGUACAGGGCUUCUACUGUCGGUUCUCACAUCAGGGUAGUAGAUCCUAGUGUUGUGGUAUGCUACUCGCACUUGCGAGCAGUAUGUUGGAAGUGCGCAAAAGAAUACGAUUUGCGACUUCUCACAACGGUCAAAAAUGACCAAAACCUCCUAGAGCGAAAUAAUGUGAAAAUUGUAACCACAGAAAAUGCGCAUCCACCAUCGGAUUAUUCCAUCAAGUAUCCUGACAGCUUGUGA